AUGUUUUUCUACGGUUCGCUCGCCGAUGAUGUCUCUAUAAUGACGGAAGCAUGCAAGUGCGACGAUGUUAUCUGUGCAGUCGUUAUGCUUACCCAUUUCGAAACCUUGGCUGGUACAUCUACGGAAGCGUGGUUCCAGCAUGUACGGGGUGCAGCAAUGAUGCUGGAAUCAAACGGGACAGAAAGUUGUCGGGAGGGAUUUUCGCACCAAGUCUUUCGUCAUUUACGACUUCUAGUCUUUGUUGCCUCCAUAUUAAGGAAUGAGGAACAUGUCUUCUCAUCACCUCAAUGGACGGAAAGCCCCUUCGAGAUUUAUCCUAAAGCUGCGGAUAAAUUGAUAAAACACCCAGGUGGAGCUCCAAGGCCUUUCAAGACAAGUCUGAGGGCGCACGUUUCGAGUCUAUUACUGCAAUUGUACCACUGGUGGACGCAAUGCACCACCAUGAUGAAUUUCGGCGAACUGAACUCAGAGGCACGGGCAACUUCUGCCAACCAUGAUUCAGAGUUUCAUGCCCUUGACCCAAAUCAUUUCCCAAUUCUCCAUCACUCAGACAUGCCUACCGCUGCUCUUGCCGCGCUAUAUGAUGCAGCCAAUAUUAUCGCUCUGCGGUUGCUUUCGCUUGGCUGGUCGGACGCGAAAGAGCAAAAGCCUCGAAGCUGCGUGUCUUUGUACGAAGAACGCAUCCAGCGGCAUGCGAGAUCGAUUAUAUCGGCAAAGGACUUCAUUGCGGCUAUUCCAGGACCAACUUCUAAUCGUGGGUCUAUUAUGAUGGGCCUCCCAUACCAAAUUCUCCGCAUCUGGGCCCCGACUGCUAUCGAUGGAACUUCUCUAGGUUGUUUCACUAAGCCCAACGAGCUCUUCUCAGAUGUAGCAGUCUACAUACUCAGUAACCAGACGCCCAAAUACUUUAGCCAGGGUGAUGAUGACCCGAGUAUGGAAGACUCUGGAGCCCAGGAUUCCCACAUAGAUCCCAGGAGCCCGGAAAUUGACGGGGCAUCUUUGACACGUACAUAA